ACUCGCCCCAACGUACGCCUUCGUUCCCUCCUUCCUACAUUGAGAUCCUCGGAACGUUCCAGCUCUUUGGUGGAGGCGUACGAACACGACGCCUGCGAUAGUGUGUCCGCCGUCUGGCCAUACGAAAUUUAGUGGGGUCCGACCUCUGAUGCUCGCGUGUCACAUCCCCAUCUCACAUCCAUGCCCACUCCCACACCGUCACCCGAAUUCGACCCCGAACCCGAACCCGCCAAGGGUUAUCCUUCGCAUUCGGGACAAACCUACCCCAGGGCCACUUUUCAUUUCCAUUGCGGUCCUCCACUACAAAACACAGCACCACCAUCACCAUCAGCACCGGCACCACCACCAUCACCACUAACAACAAGCUCUCCUGUCCCCUCUCUCAUCUUCAUCUUCCUACAUCCUCUCCUUCAUUCUCACACCCGACGCAACCUUGUUGCUCUUAGCCUUCUUAGCCUUCUAAUUCGCCGGCUUGUUGUCUCGGGACCGUGUGUGUGUGGAUUUGGCGCGAACGAAGGUAAUGGAAGCAGAGAUGGACGCAGAAAGGGAGAGCGAAGCGGGAAGGAGGCUGAGAAGCGAGGGAAUGGCAGGAGAGUCGGAGUCGAACGUUAGCGCGUCGGCUUGAGUC